AUGGUCUACUAUAUUCGCUUUCUCAAGACUCCCAGGAUCCAGAAGCAAAAAGCAGGCUUACCCAUUGUCUCGGCACUCAUCUGCAUCACUACAGAUUUAGGAGAUGCCUUUCUGGCCCAAGAUGUGGAUCUACUAGUGUCACUGAUUGCUAGUCGUACCGAACGAGUGCUGUAUCAAGAACCUCUCAAAUGGAAGGCUGGCAAGCGUGAGCUGCCUAUAUCAAUGGGUCCUUUCCCUGCGCACCUCUCCCAGCAGACAAUUAUUCUCAAUGUGGCCGCAACAAAUUCCGACAAGCCCGGACCACCCACCCCGAACCGCCUCCUAGGAAAGCCCGGUGUCCCUCUAGUUCUGUCUUGCUGGAGCGCCCCUUUUGGUGGUUCGGAAUCGCUGGUGGCAGACAAACUUGUGGAGAGGAGGUUUGGCCCAAUUGAGACCCUAGACCUACGGAUAUGGGAAGAAACCGGAAACAGUAUUGCUAGGCAUAUCUGGGAUGCUGCCAUUGCUUCGGUGAUAUAUCUCCAGCGAAUAGUCGCCGGAGACCGUGUAGGGACGGCACCACCAUUACAGGAUCUGCUACAAGGACAGCGUAGUACCCCGCUUCAUGUCAUUGAAUUGGGGUCAGGCUGCGGCAUUGUUGGGAUUGCUCUGGCACAACUACUUCCUCAGUGCACUGUACUUCUCACGGAUCUCCCUGAGGUUGAGGAAAUAGUAACUCAGAACGUAGCGAGCGCCAAACAGGUUCCUUCUUCGUCUGCAGUCCAGUUCCGGACUCUGGACUGGGACGAGAAACCCCCAGAUAACCUCUUGGAUGGCUCAAUCGACCUGAUCCUUGUAUCAGAUUGUACUUAUAAUGCAGAUAGUCUACCCUCCCUCGUUUCAAUGUUGCACCAGUUGGUCCAGAUGGCACCGGAUGCAAUCGUCUUGGUGGCACUCAAACGGCGACACGAAAGCGAGACCGUCUUCUUCGACCUAAUGCACUCAGCACGGCUCUCGACUCUUCAUCAAGACAGCAUUCACCUCCCAUCGCAGCACAAUGAGAUGGAUGGGAUCGAAUUGUAUUGUUUUGGACGACCGGGUUGA